ACGCCGCCACCGCCUCCCCUCGGCUCCCGGUCUCCCUCCGCUCGCUCGCUCUCUCGCCUUCUUCCGCCCUCGCCCCUUCAGCCGCCGUCCACUGCUCCGUGCUCCGUGCUCUGAGCCCCGAGCUCCCCUCACCCCGCCUCUCCCCCUCCCCCAGCCCCUCCUCUCCUCACCCCACCCUGCCUCCCUCCCUCCCUCCGCCCGCCCGCCCGGCGCUCGCAGAGCCGACACCAGGGGGGCUCUCGAUGUAGCACCAUGACAGGCAUCGCCGCCGCCUCCUUCUUCUCCAAUACCUGCCGAUUCGGGGGCUGCGGACUCCACUUCCCCACCCUGGCCGACCUCAUCGAGCACAUCGAGGACAACCACAUCGAUACAGAUCCACGUGUUUUAGAGAAACAGGAACUACAGCAGCCAACUUAUGUUGCCCUCAGUUACAUUAAUAGAUUCAUGACGGAUGCUGCACGCAGAGAGCAGGAGUCCCUAAAGAAGAAGAUUCAGCCCAAACUCUCACUGACCCUGUCCAGUUCUGUGUCUCGAGGGAAUGUGUCUACCCCACCUCGCCACAGCAGUGGAAGCCUUACUCCCCCCGUGACCCCGCCCAUCACCCCUUCCUCUUCGUUCCGAAGCAGCACUCCAACAGGAAGUGAGUAUGAUGAGGAGGAGGUGGACUAUGAGGAGUCUGACAGCGAUGAGUCCUGGACCACAGAGAGCGCCAUCAGCUCCGAAGCCAUCCUCAGCUCCAUGUGCAUGAAUGGUGGGGACGAGAAGCCUUUUGCCUGCCCAGUUCCCGGAUGUAAAAAGAGAUACAAGAAUGUGAAUGGCAUAAAGUACCAUGCUAAGAAUGGUCACAGAACACAGAUUCGUGUCCGCAAACCAUUCAAAUGUCGUUGUGGGAAGAGUUAUAAGACAGCUCAGGGCCUGCGGCACCACACAAUCAAUUUCCAUCCCCCGGUGUCAGCUGAGAUUAUCAGGAAGAUGCAGCAAUAAUACGCUGGUCAUAACUGUGCCAAGAAAUCCUCACCAGCAGUUGCUGAUUUUGAAAACAGCCACCUUUUUUUCAGGGGAAGCAUUCAGCAACCCUUUAAAAAAUUAAAUGCAUGCUUUAAAUUUUUCUGUAAUUUUGGAAUGAUGUAUCUUUGUAGAGUUACUGAUUUUGUACAUUUGCACAUGUAAUCACCAUACCCAUUUUCAUUACUUUGAUAUAAGGUGCUAAACAAACAACAACAAAAAGCUCUAGGUCUUCAGCACAUUUCCCCCAAAACAAAAUAAAAUUGAGGGCAUGUUGCAUAUUGUUUAGUUGUAUUGAAUUGACAUCAACUGGGGGGGGGAGGGGCUGGCACUGAGAUUUUUUUCCCCCAAGAUUGUAAUGUGAUUGAAAUUUUUCAACACAUCAACUCACUAUGUUUAAAACCAAAAUAAUACCUUCAUUAUCAAACUGGUUACCAUGCCUUACAUAAUGGAGUAUUUGUGAGUAGAAAGACUUUAGGUGAUGGAAGUAUAAAUAAGAAUGUUUAACAUAAUAUGCUAAAAUAUUUUCAUAUUUAACAUACAUAAAAGGUGUGCUUUCUGUGUUUUAUAUUGUCUUGCAAAUCCUUUUGCCCUUUAACAAGCUGAAAGUCUUGCCAUCUAACUUACCGAUCAUUUCAGUGUUAAAACUGGCAUUUUUGUACAAAAUAAUCUAUUGAGUUCACUCAUUAUGUUCAUUGAGUGCCUGUAGGUGCAAGGGAUUCCAUUUAUGCCUCUUAAUAUUUGUGGACCAAGAUACCAGUUUAGUGAAAUACUUUUCCCUGAAGUCUAUUAGAAAACACUUUGAAAUACGUGCAAAUUUUGUGUGUGCAACUUAGUUUUGUCUUCAUCAUUAGGUGAAGUUUUAAAGCACUUUGUAGUUCUCUAUUGCCAACAAAUUUAAUGUUUUAUGUGUUGCCAAUUCUUGCAACCAUUGCCCUAACAAGUCUGUGGCUUUGCAGGUCAGAAUUAAAAUUCCAAGCAAGUUUCAUAAAGGACAUUUUUGUUAAGACCCCCCCCACACACACACACCUGAUGCCUCUUCUUUGAGACCAUUUUAUUUUGACUUUUUUUUUUUAAAGGCACUUUUCCCAUUACAUUGUAGAUGUCUGUAUUCCUACUGGAAAUGUCUGUUUCGCUUCAUAAAAACAUUUUGAUGAAAUAUGAAAUUGAGCCUUAUUGACAAUUAAGUGCUUCUUGGAGUAAGUAGUCAAAGAGUGACUGAUAUAUGAUCUAUUUAAGAGUAAUCUAAGUCUGGACCAUUCCUGAAGUUUUUUCUCACCAACAAUACCAUCAUGCCUUGAGUGUUCUUUUCUCCCAAGUGCUAUUCCUUAUACAUUAGAGUUUACCAACUGCCUAAUUAUGCAAUAAAAUUGCUUUGAGAAGGCUAACUGCCCACAAAACUGGUGAAAGAGACUUGAAUUUCUGAUUAAAUAGCUUUCUUUACAUGUUCCCAUUUUAUGAAAGUCUUAGAGCUGGGAAACAGGUGUCCCUCCUCAGUUUCAGUCAUUUUUGAAAGGAUGACAAUUUUGUUAGCCAGAUAGGUAAGCUUCUAUAUUCUUGUGUUGUGAAUCCCUCAUAAUGAGAGAUUUAAAGUAUUUAUAAAGACACUGCCCUCUAAAAAUUUCCUCAGAUCUCUGAAGAGUCAUCUUGGUUGUGAAUACAAAGUAUUAUCCUAUUCAUUUAAAAGGGUGAUCCAGACAUGAGAAGCAACUAGUUGGUGCACAAGAAGGCCCUAUUUGGCUAUUUCAUAUCUACCUAUAAUUGACCAGAUUUUUUUUUUUUUUUAAGGAAAGUGAUUAUUAUUUAGCUUUUGCUCCUUCUAGUGCAAGAAACUGCAGACUGGAUCAGUAGUUCAACAGCUAAACAGUCAUGAAAUAGUCAAUGUGCAUGUUAAAUUACUUUCAACUACAAAACAAAUUCCCAUUUCUAUUUACUUAUUCAUUGUGACAGUAUUACUAAACAGGUAUGGAUGGGAAUAUUUUGUUAUACUGUGUAUAGUGAAUGUAUUGUAAUGUGUCUGUGAAAACUGUGCUUUAAAUUAUAUUUUCAUAUGUUUUGUUGGGGACAGAACACAUUAUGUUUGAAAGCAACAGAAGUUUGUUUUAGAACUGAAGGCAACUUAAUGAAUCAAAAUUCCUGUCAAGAAAAGCUGCUUAUAAAUGUAAAUGAAAUCACAUUUAAAAUAAACUGCCUCUGACCCAAAAUAAA